AUGGAGUGCCCUCAUGCCUAUCUAGACACUCUACACCCUCCCAGACCCAACCAGAGCGUCUACCGCGAAGACUGCACCCAGUGUUUCGAUUCCAUAGACGAUGAAGCUGGUCUCGAUGUCUGCCUGCAUUGCUUCAACGGUGGCUGCGCAGGGGACCGCAAUCACUCCCUACUGCACUACUCCUCUACCGAACAUCCACUGGUUCUGAACAUUAAACGAACCCGGAAACAAGUCCAACGAGAUGAACCCCCACCAAAGCUCACCAAACUCGCCAUUGCUGCGGAGACAGAGGAGGACAAGUAUGAUACAGUCACAACAGCAAAAUGCUAUGCAUGUCAAAUACAGGAGCUGGAUAAGAAUUCGGGGAAUCUGCCUGCAGUCGUGGACGGAGUCAUGAAGGCCAUGACCUUUGCUAAAUCAGAAGAAGUCAAGGCAUGGGAGCAAGAGUUUACACCGUGCGAACACACUCUCUGUCUGGAGCAGCAGCCUAGCCGACAGAUUGAAUCACAGAACCUGGGCUCAUGUUCCAUGUGCGACCUGAAGGAGAACCUGUGGCUCUGCCUGGAAUGUGGGAACCUGGGAUGUGGUCGUGCACAGUUUGGUGGUAUUGGUGGCAACUCUCACGGUCUGGACCACGCAACACAGACUGGCCAUGCUGUUGCGGUCAAGCUUGGCUCCAUCACUCCAGAGGGCAGUGCCGACGUCUAUUGCUACCAGUGCAAUGAGGAGCGAGUCGACACUGACCUUGCCAAGCAUCUCGCUCACUGGGGCAUCAACAUUGCUGAACGGGAAAAGACCGAAAAGAGCCUCAUGGAGAUGCAGGUGGAGCAAAACUUGAAAUGGGACUUCUCCAUGACAACAGAAGAUGGAAAAGAGCUGUCUCCGCUUUUUGGGCCGGGUCUUACAGGUCUCAAGAAUAUCGGCAACAGUUGCUACCUUGCAAGCACUGUACAAUGCCUGUUCGCGUUGCCAGACUUUCAACAGCGGUAUUACCGUCCGGAGGAGCCUCCUCCAGCCAGUGAACUUCCCGCUGAGGACUUAGAGACACAGUUACGGAAGCUUGCUGACGGGAUACUCUCCGGUCGCUACUCUCGUCCUGAAAGCAACGUUCAUGCCACUCCCGACAACCCUGAAGUGCCACACCAGAAGGGUCUCUCCCCUGCCAUGUUCAAGCAUCUGAUCGGACGAGGACAUGAGGAGUUCUCAACCAUGAGACAACAGGACGCUUUUGAAUUGCUACUUCAUCUCUUUAAGCUCAUCAAUAUCUCCAAUGGCACUCGCCCUUCGGAAGAUCCUGUUCAGUCUUUUCGCUUCGCACUGGAACAACGCUUGCAGUGCCUAAACUGCAAGCGCGUGCGAUACAGAACCGACGAGCAAGACAACAUUUCGAUUCCUGUACCCGUCAGGAGGAAACAGGUGGUCAACGGCGCCAGUGGGGCAGCAGAUACAACGAAGGGUGCUGAAUUCGAGCCAGUCUCACUCAAGGAAUGCCUAGAUAUCUUCACGGCCUCCACUUCCGUGGAGUUGACCUGUCCUGCUUGUGGCUCUAAGGCAGGAUUUUCAAAGUCGUCCAAGUUUAAGACGUUCCCACGCAAUCUUGCCAUCAAUCCUCUGCGCUUCGAAAUCAUCAACUGGGUGCCCACUAAACUCGACAUCCCUGUCCAGGUAUCAGAUGAACUGUUUGACCUUAGCACCUACAAAUCUCAUGGAUUACAACCGGGCGAAGAGGAACUGCCCGAAGAUGCAGAUGUGGGAGAUUCUAAAUCGUCUUCAGCCGCAUUUGUCCCGAACGAGGCAGCCCUUGAGCAGCUUGCGUCAAUGGGUUUCCCUCUGGUACGAUGCGAAAAGGCUCUACACGCCACGGGCAAUGCAGAUGCAGAGGCAGCCAUGAAUUGGCUUUUUUCGCAUAUGGACGACGCUGACAUCGACGAACCUCUAAAUCUUGGUGGUGGCGGCGGUGGAACUGGCUCAGGUGACGAUGCUGACAAGAUCGCUCAGCUUGGAGAUAUGGGGAUUAGUGUACCACAGGCACGGAAAGCACUACGAGAAUGCAACGGCGAUGUCAACCGAGCUCUGGACUGGGUCUUCAGCCAUCCAGAUGACCAAGGCGAUUUUGGCGAAGAUGUUCCCACUGGACCGAGUCAGCCAAAGGCACUCCCCGGCAGUGAUCAACUACCCGCCAAGUUUGAGCUUCAGAGUAUUGUCUGCCAUAAAGGCGCCAGCAUUCAUGCCGGUCACUAUGUCGCAUUCAUUCGGAAGGCGAUUCCUGGAGACGGCAAGGAACGACAGUGGGUUCUUUUCAAUGACGAGAAGGUGGUCAAGGCCGUGGACGUGGACGAAAUGAAGAAGUUCGCAUACAUUUACUUUUUCCGCCUGGGAUGA